AUGGAAUCUAGGUUACAGGAUUCGCAUGACUACAGCAAGCGGGAGCGGCAAGGGGCGAGCAGCCAGGAGAGGCAUGGCUACGUCUUCUUGCCUCGCCCUUCCCCCUCGCGCCGCCUCCCAUUCACCCCGUCCUCCAACCCCCCUCUCCCCCAGGUGUCCAAGGUACAGGAGGACUACAGCAAGUGGGAGCGGUUAGGGGCGAGCAGCCAGGAGAGAGACCGCCUCACCCUUUCCGCCUCACAUUUCCCGCCUCUCCCUUCCCCCUCUCGCCGCCUCCCAUUCCGCUCCUCCUCCCCAGGUGUCCAAGGUGUCCAAGGUACAGGAUGUCUACAGCAAGUGGGAACGGCGGCCUCAGUCUUCCCCUCUUUCCCGCUCGCCCCUCUUUCCCGCUCGCCCCUCUUUCCCGCUCGCCCCUCUUUCCCGCUCGCCCCUCUUUCCCCCUCGCCCCUCUUUCCCCCUCGCCACUAUUUCCCCCUCGCCCCUCUUUCCCCCUCGCCCCUCUUUCCCCCUCGCCCCUCUUUCCCCCUCGCCCCUCUUUCCCCCUCGCCCCUAUUUCCCCCUCGCCCCUCAUUCCCCCUCGCCCCUCUUUCCCCCUCGCCCCUCUUACCCCCUCCCCAGGUGUCCAAGGUGUCCAAGGUGCAGGAUGACUACAGCAAGUGGGAGCGGCUAGGGGCGAGCAGCCAGGAGAGGGAGACGCUCUCCAAGACGAUACUGGCCGACACAGAGACGCUCGAAUGGGAGUUGGAGGAGUUGGACAGAGCAAUAGGCGUGGCAGAGAGGGACCCAUCGCGCUUCAACAUAGAGCAGGGCGAGGUGGAGAGCCGGCGCAAGUGGACAGGCAGCACGCGCGAUCAGAUCUCCAUGAUUCGAUCUGCCAUCCAGGCGGCAGCAGCGGAGCGGGUGGCAAUGCAGAAGGAGGCGGAGAGGAGGGAGCUGCUGAGAGUGCAGGCUGGCGCUGCUGCCAAGGCCGCUGCUAAGAGCAGCGCUGGUGGGGAGAACGAGAGCUUUGCCGCUUCGGAAGACGACAGACAAGCACUGAUCAUGAGGGAGCAGGACGACCAAUUGGAUGCGAUGAGUCAGAGUCUGGCUCGGAUAGGAGGCAUGGGCAUUGCCAUUCACGAGGAGCUGGGCUCCCAGGAGUCACUAAUAGGGGAGUUGGACGACGGUAUGGAGAGGACUGGGGGGCGGCUAGGACUGGUACAGAAAAAGAUGACAGUGGUUCUGAAGAAGGCUGGGUUGAAGGGACAGCUGUGUAUUCUCCUCGCUCUCGUUAUCGCCUUCCUCGUCCUCCUCAUCCUCAUCUACGAUUGA